ACAAAGGAAAAACUACAGUGGGAGGGGUUUCUUCUGUGCCACUGGUGUGCUGCGUUGCUUUAGUCACAAGACAUUACUCUGGUGUGCUGCAUUGCUUUAGUCAAAACACUCGACUUACAUGUGAUUCUGUAGUCGUCUUGAAAGGAAAACCAUUUAGCCAUGUCCUGUGCUAUGAAAAGUCUGGUGGAGGAUAACGACAGAUACCUGAAGUCCUUCCAGCUGUUCCUGGAGCGCUCCUCUGAACACAAGUGCAUGCAGGACUUUAUCCAUGGCAUCUUGCCUGAUAUUCUAGCCAGCGUUGGAGAGGGAAAAGCCAAUCUUAAUGUGAUGGGAGUGGGAAGUGGAGCAGGUGAGAUUGACCUUGAGAUGUUCUCUCAGCUGCAUCUGAAGCAUCCUGCAGUAACUGUGGACAACCAGGUGGUGGAACCCAGCGCCCAGCAGCUCCACCUCUAUAAGGUGUUGGUGUCCCAGAAACCAAACCUAGACUACAUUAAAUUCACUUGGAACAAGAUGACGGCCACUGAGUUUGAGAAGCACUGGAGAGAGAACCAUUUGACCAAGAAGAUGGACUUCAUUCACAUGAUACAGAUGUUGUAUUACGUGAAGGAUCCAGGUGCUACAGUCACAUUCUACCAGAGCCUCCUGGACAGGAAUGGAAAACUACUUGUAAUUCUGGUGUCUGAUGAGAGUGGCUGGGGAAAGCUGUGGAGGACCUUCAGGACCCAGCUGUGUAACACAGAGAUCAGUCAGUGUGUGACUACAGGUGAUAUUAAAGCCUACCUGGACUCUAAGACAGUGAGUUACCAGAGCUACAAGCUUCCAUCUCAGAUGGACAUCACCGAGUGUUUCACUGAGGGAGACCAGAGAGGAGAACUGCUUCUGGACUUCCUGACUGAGGUGUUAGACUUCAGCUCCACUGCUCCUCCUGAGCUGAAGAGAGGAGUUCUAGACCUGCUGAAGACCCCAGACUGUAGCAAGGAGGUGGAUGGGAGGGUCAUCUUCAAUAACACCUUGGAGGUGCUGGUGGUUGACCCUCUACAGUAACACAGGAAUAGAUCUCAAAAUGCUGUAGCAACAAUGUGUAUCACUGAUAAACACUGAGUAUACAAAACAUUAGGAACACUUCCUCUUUCCAUGAGAUAGACUGACCAGGUGAAUCCAGGUGAAAGCUAUGAUCCCUUAUUGAUGUUACUUGUUAAAUCCACUUCAAUCAGUGUAGAUGAAGGGGGGGAGACAAGUUAAAUAAAUAAAUAAGGCAAUUGAGACAUGGAUUUUUAUGUGUAUAUCAUUCAGAGGGUGAAUAGGCAAGAUGAAAGAUUUAAGUGCUUUUGAAUGGGGUAUGGUAGUAGGUACCAGGUACACCGGUUCAUGUAAAGAACUGCAAUGCUGAUGGGUUUUUCACGUGUUUCAAGAAUGGUCCACCGCCCAAAGGACAUCCAGCCAACUGCGGGAAGUAUUGGAGUCAACCUGGGCCAGCAUCCUUGUGGAACGUUUGACACCUUGUAGAGUCUGUGCCCCGAUGAAUUGAGGCUGUUCUGUGGGGUGCAACUAAUUAUUAGGAAGGUGUUCCUAAUGACUGGUAUAUUCAGUGUAUGCAUGAAAGGCUUGUUGUUGUAUUCAUAUAAUUACCUGAUUCCCGUCUGCCCACCAAGAUCCCACACCUGGAACUUCAGGUUCUUGUACGUCACUGUCUCCAUGUUGAAGCUGAUCACUGUACAACACAAUGACAGAGAUGAAACACCUUAAACACACGUCAAAGAAAGACAUUGUCUCCAAA